AUGAUGGAGAAAAGAAAGAUAGAUGUUCUCUGUGUACAGGAAACUAAAUGGCGGGAAAGCCAAGCGAGGCUGAUUGGAAGAGGUUGCAAGUUGUUCUAUUAUGGUGUGGAUGGAAGGAGGAAUGGCACUGGAGUGAUAGUAAAGGAAAAGUAUAUCAACAGUGUACUGGAAGUGGGGUGUGAGUUGAACGAAAAGGAGUUCUGGAGUGAGGUGGAGGAAGUGAUACAGAACAUCCCCAGAGAGGAGAGGAUUGUUAUUGGAGCAGGCUUUAAUGGACAUAUCGGAGAAGGAAAUAAUGGUGACGAGGAUGUGAUGGGCAGAUAUGGUGUGGGAGAGAAAUACGGAGGGACAGAUGGUUGUUGA